AUGAUUGUCGAAAUCCCAGACAGAACCAAGGCGCAGCAAAUCCUUAAGACCACGCCGGCGCUCUCGGUGGGCUUGAUCAUCUUCGCCGUGCUUUUUUAUGUGGUGUACCCAGCGUCGUCCACUGCCCUAGUGCUCUAUCCUUCUGCCCCCAUUGAAUUCAACUUGAACGCGAUUUCGUUCUAUAUUUUCCCGCACGCCAACUUCUUGCACUUGGCAGUCAACUUGGUGGCGUUGUUCCCGCUCAUAUCGCGCUAUGAGAGGGCCAACGGCACGGUCAAUACCGGCAUCACCUUGAAUUUGUUGGCUGUGGCUGCGGCCUUGCCGUACUGUCUUGUGGGGCUUUUCCUCUACCCCGAAAACGGCGUGGCAGGCUUGCUGGGAAUCUGCUUCUCGUUCUUGACCUAUUACUGCCAGAAGGAGUAUGCGCAAACCCCGGUGUUGUACCAGUUCACGGUGGCCGGGCGCGACGUGCAGAUCCCCACCGAGUAUUUCCCAUUCAUCAACUUGUUUGUCAUUGCUUUCUUGGUGCCGUCGACCUCGUUUUUCGGCCACUUGGCCGGCAUUGGAGCCGGCUACUUGUUGGCUAUGGGCUACUUAAAAGUGUUGUAUCCUCCGCUGAAGGUUGUGUUGUUCAUUGAGCGCAAGUUGGCGUCUGGGAUCGAUCAAUUGAAGCGCUUGGUCGACUUCAUCUCUGAAGAGGAUGCGGUGGAAGAAAGAGGCGUCGCGUAUAGACCGCUUUUUCUGGCGGACCUCGAGCUGGUGACCCCUGUGUCUCAAGUGCACGAGUCUUUUGAAAGAAGAGUCGACUCAUGA